UAGCCUUCAGACAGCAAGCCUCGUGCUGUCAACUCACAUAGAAGCGCUCCCUUGCUCCUCGCACACAAUCAGGGUGCUACGACUCGUACGCCCACGGUGCUCCAAGCGCGUAGAAGCCUGCACUUGGAAAGUCAAGUCGAACACACGUACCCUUACACCCUCCCGCGGCACCACCCUUGGCGUUUGAGAUAAGGCAUCGGUGUUACCGCAAGGGCCAAGUAUCUUUGUCCCAAGUCGGUCGGUGCUUGGCAACAAGCUCCCCCUCGCAUACACCUCCCUCUUCAGCCUGAUAUCAGCAAGUUCAACCUUGGCUGGACCUCUCUUCCUGAGCUACAACCCACCCAGUAUACCCCAUCCAAUAUACCCCACCCAGUUGCUGCUCCAAUUCCGUCAACGCACGAGCACCCCGUUAGCUUAGUAACACCACCAGCCUUCUGCAAUGGGGCGACCACGCCUAUUCCUGGCCAUUUUAGCCCUCGCAUGGGUCGCCGUCGCCGUAGCAGCUCCUGCUGCGAAGCCUGCGACGUCGCGCAAGACGGAGGAAGUGCCGUCGGCCAAUCGCCGAGCAGGAAUUGCAGAGAAAGUCUUCGCGCACAAGUCUGGGUGGUAUGGCCCUCUAUCCAAGACGUGGAAGCCAGAUGUCGUGGUGGCGCAAGACGGCUCUGGGAAGUUCAAGUCCAUUCAGAAAGCGAUCGACAGCGUGCGGCCCCUGGUUCGACGGCCGAACAAGAAGAACGUGCUGAUCUACGUCAAGAAGGGCCUGUACUUCGAAGAGGUUUUCAUUCCGCAAGCCAAGUCCGGAAUCACUCUGGUGGGAGACCCCGGCGAAACCAGAGUCCGUUUCAACAAGUACUCGGCGAAACUCGACAAGAACGGCAAUCCCCUCGGAACUGCCAAUACUGGUACUCUCGCCGUCCUCGCCGACGACUUCACGAUGGUCAACAUGAUCGUCGAAAACGCUUCGCCGCGACCCCCCCCCGCGACGACGGGUUACCAGGCCGUCGCAUUUCGCUCCGCCGGAAACCGCACCAUCGUGUUCAACUCCAGCUUCUACUCCUACCAGGACACUCUAUACGCGCACAAGGGCUACCAAUACUACAAGAACUGCUUCAUUUUCGGCGAGGUUGAUUUCGUCUUCGGCGCAGCGAAGGCGAUUUUCGACUCAUCCACGUUCUACAUGGAUUCCAUGGGCUAUGCUGCCGUCACGGCGAACUACCGCAUGUCGAAGAGGGAGGACUCGUGCUUCGUGAUCAUGAACUCGCACAUCACUGGCCGCAACCAGGGCUGGCUCGGCCGCUCCUGGGGCAAGUACGCCUGCACCGUCGUCGCGAACACUUACAUGGACAAGGCCGUGCGACCUGACGGAUGGAAUGAUUUCGGAGUCAUUGCGCGGCAAGUGAAUUCGUUCUUUGCCGAGUACAACAACCGCGGAAUCGGCGCCAACUUGGACGGGCGCGUGUGGUGGCAGAAGGUGAUCGAACCGGCGCAGGUAAAGAAGUACGUCACUACCGAGUACAUCGGACUCAGCAGCUGGAUCCGCGCGCUUCCCAUUGCUCCCAAGCGGAAGGGCGGAAGCAGCGGAAGCAGCAAGAAGAGCGCAAAGGGCGGGAAGGGCGGAAAGGGCCAAGCGAACAGCGUGGGCCAGAAGAAGGUCGUUGCGAGCGGGGGAGGAAAGGCGAAGGCGCAGAACCCCGCGGCGAAGGGGCGCGUUCCGCCGAAGGCACGGCACCCCGCCCCGAAGAAACCACAGCAGCCGGCGCAGAAGAAGCCUCAAACGAAGCGCGCGACGACCCAGGAGGUUGUUACAGAAGGGCAGCUUGUGGGUGCAGUUGCUGACGUGGCUCCUGCUCUCACCGCAGUCGUUGCCACGCCUCUGCCUACGGUAGCUGUGGUGGCGGAGCAACGUUACAGCGUGUGCCAGACAAAGCAGCCAGAUCUUGCCACCCGUGACACAAUCUGUACGCGUUGCUGCAUGAUGCGCGUUCCGGUGCCGGAGCAACGCGCCUGCAUGGACGCUUGCAUCGGUAUUUGAAAAACAGCGGGAAAAGUGUGCUAACAGGGUGGGUGGGCUGGUGGUUUUUGGUCACCUAGCAGCAGCAUCGAGCGUCUAGGGCUGGAGCCGAGGAAGGAGCGUCUAGGGCGGCAGCAGGGUUUCCAAGCUCGGGUAGCCUCAGCAACAUCCGUGAAACGGAUGCUAGUGUGUGCUGGUUGUGUGGUUCUUGAAACGGCUGGGGCUGGGGAGAAUGGGAGGGAACAAAAUUGAGCAAAUUGCCGUGGAGGGGAGGAGGAAUUUCGCUUGGCGAAUCGCGAAAUGCGGCGCGCUCUUGGAGAGGAUCACGCGGCGCAUUGCUCCAAGGCUGUUCAACCAGCGAACAAUUCCUGAUAACUGUAGAUUGCUCAUACUUCAUCUACUAUAGGUGUUCUCAUACAUGUGGAAAUAAGUUACAUGCGUAGGCCAUUGUUUGACAUUGCAUACUCUUAUGAGAUAGAUAAGCUACGUGGCGCUGCUAGUGGAUACAAUGUUAACGUGAAGUGCAAGGUGAUACCAUGCAAAUAUCAAAUCG